UGUAAGAAAAUGGAUGGGUCACAACAGUACCCCCCUCUUUCUGGAGAGUGACCAACAGGCACGCUUUUUGACUCCUGAUUACGCCCCGAUUCCAGUCUACAACCUGGACCUGCAACCUGGACCCGGAUAGAUGUCAGAAAAUUGACAGAUCACAACAGUACCCCCCUCUUUCUGAAGAGUGACCAACAGGCACAACAGGCACGCUUUUUGACCCCUGGUUAUGCCCCGAUUCCAGUCUAAAAAAUAAGAAAUAAUGCAAAACCAAAGACUGCCACAAGUGUAAGAAAAUGGAUGGAUCACAACAGUACCCCCUCUUUGUAGAGAGUGACCAACAGGCAUUCUUUUUGACCCUGAUUACGCCCCGAUUCCAGUCUACAACCUGGACCUGCAACCUGGACCCGGAUAAAUGUCAGAAAAUGGAUAGAUGGAUCACAACAGUACCCCCCUUCCAAGAGAGUGACCAACAGGCACGCUUUUUGACCCCUGAGUAUGCCCCAAUUCCAGUCUACAACCUGGACCUGCAACUUGGACCCGGAUAAAUGUCAGAAAAUGGAUGGAUGGAUCACAACAGUACCCCCCCCCCCCCUUUCUAGAGAGUGACCAACAGACAUGAUUACGCCCUGAUUCCAAUCUCAGAAAUAAGAAAUAAUGGAAACCCAAAAAAAGACCCAUCCAGGACAGAAGACUGCCACACCCCGCACUUGCCCCCAAAACGAUGGGACGCCGAGCCGAACCAAUAACAAGAAGACACCACCAGACCACAAAAAACAGCAGUUGCCCCCAUUAUCCCCACCUCAAGUAUGAGACCCCAGGGCAGACAUGCUGGUGUCCUUCCGGUUGACCUGGAAGAGGUGGCUGGAGACUAGGACGUCCCUCCUGAGACUGCUGCCCCUGCAACCUGGACCCGGAUAAAUGUCAGAAAAUGGAUGGAUGGAUCACAACAGCACCCCCCUUCCAAGAGAGUGACCAACAGGCACGCUUUUUGACCCCUGAUUACGCCCCGAUUCCAGUCUACAACCUGGACCUGCAACCUGGACCCGGAUAAAUGUAAGAAAAUUGAUGGAUCACAACAGUACCCCCCCACCCCCCCUUUCUAGAGAGUAACCAACAGGACCCCUGGUUACGCCCUUACUCAAGUCUCCAGACCCCUGACUGAUACGUAUGGCGGGAUGCGUUCGACCAAUCACAGCCUCCCGCACGCAGUGGCUAUUUCUCUUUCUGUCUGUUUCCGAAUGAAGACAUAUGUGUUGCAUAUCCGAAGAGGCCAGAGGGGAAUCUCAAGACAUGUUGGAGGCGUUCUCUUAAACUAGCCUGGGAAUGCCUCGGGAUCCGCCCUGGAGGAGUUGGAUAAAGUAUCCGAGGAGAGGGAAAUUUGGGUUUUCUUCCUGGAAUGUGAUGUCGGCGUAGAGGAAGAUGGCGAAUAGCUACUUUUGUUGUUGAUUUAUUUCGCCUUCUAACAUGGAAGGAUGCCGGUUCUCCAUCUCCAUGGCAACAACAUCACGUUGCUAGUACGUCACCACCGCCGUGCUCGCCAUUGUCCCCAUGCCUCUUGCUGCUACCCGGAGAGCUACCUUGUAGAAAUACCUGCUACAAAUGGACCGUGGGUUAAAACGCAGGCAGGUGAAGCCUCUUGCUGCUUCUCUCCUGGACGCCUUGGAUUACGACAGCUCCGACGACAGCGACUUUGAAGUUGGAGAUGCCUCAGGAUCAGACGGCACAGGAAACGGCAGUGACGAAGAAGGUUCCAAAGCCAGCGACGCGGCUUCUGAAAGCGACUCCGACCAGGCGGGCUCUGCGGAUGACGGCGUUGAUGAAGACGAGUCCAAAGACUUGGCCGCUGAGGACAACUUCACUGAAGACGAGGAGAAGUCCAAACAGCAGAACUCCUCAGACGGCUCCACCAAAGACGCUCCCGCCGCCAGUCCACCUAAAAGCAGACGAAAGAGCAAGAAGGCCUCGGAGCCCGAGUCCAAUUCAGAGCUUGGCGGCAGCGGCGCCUCGGCGUCUGGGCCCGGCAGCGAUAACGCGGAGGAAUUACAGGCGGAGCCCAAGAAAUGGAACUUUCGCCGGAACCGUCCCAUGCUUGACUUUACGAGCAUGGAAGAGCUGAACGAGAUGGACGACUACGACAGCGAGGAUGACAACGACUGGAGACCGACGGCGGGCAAGAAGAAAGGCAAGGCGGGUGUCCAGAAAGCGGGCACGGAGGACGAGGGCGGGGGUAGCGCAAGUGACGACGAUGACGACGACGAUGAUGAUGAUGACGAUAAUGAUGAGGAGGACGAUGACGACGAUGAUGAAGACGACGACGACAAGGAAGAUGGCGAGGAUGAAAACAACAGCAGCAGCGAGAGCGACAAGGAGGCGAAGAAGGCCGGGAAAAAAGCGAAGAGCACCCACGCUUUUGACGAAGAACUAACGAAUGACAGCAUGUCCCAGGGGAAAGGACACGAGGAAGCCUUGCUGGAUCGAUCCCAGACCUGGAGCGCUCGGCACAUUCUCAUCUGCUGCGUUUGCCUGGGAGACAGCAGCGGGGAUGCUGAUGAGAUCAUUCAGUGCGACAACUGCGGCGUUACUGUGCAUGAAGGGUGUUACGGCGUCGAUGGAGAGAGCGACUCCAUCAUGAGCUCCGCAUCGGAGAACUCAACCGAGCCUUGGUUUUGUGACGCCUGUAAGAACGGAGUGAUGCCAAACUGCGAGCUUUGCCCCAACCAGGACGGCAUCUUUAAAGAGACGGACGCGGGGAGAUGGGUCCAUGUGGUGUGCGCCCUUUACGUUCCCGGGGUGGCCUUUGGAGAUAUCGAUAAACUACGACCAGUGACGCUCACCGAGAUGAAUUAUUCCAAAUACGGGGCCAAGGAGUGCAGUUUCUGCGAGGAUAACCGCUUUGCCAGGACUGGUGUGUGCAUCAGCUGUGAUGCAGGGAUGUGCCGAUCCUACUUCCAUGUCACGUGUGCACAGAGAGAGGGGCUCCUGUCUGAAGCUGCUGCAGAGGAGGACAUUGCCGAUCCGUUUUUUGCCUACUGCAAGCAGCACGCCGACCGCUUUGACAGGAAGUGGAAACGAAAAAACUACUUGGCUUUACAGUCGUACUGUAAGGUCUCGCUGCAGGAGAGAGAGAAACAACUCACUCCUGAAGCUCAGGCCCGCAUCACGACCCGCCUGCAACAAUACCGCACAAAGGCAGAACUGUCCAGGAACACCCGCCCCCAAGCGUGGGUGCCGCGGGAGAAGCUGCCGCGACCUCUCACCUCUAGUGCCUCAGCCAUCAGGAAGUUGAUGAGAAAAGCGGAGCUAAUGGGCAUCAGCACGGAUAUUUUCCCCGUGGACCCGUCCGACACCAGCGCCACCAUGGAUGGACGUCGGAAACACAAGCAGCCCGCCCUGACAGCAGACUUUGUCAACUACUACUUAGAGCGGAACAUGCGCAUGAUCCAAAUCCAGGACAACAUCUCCGAGCAGAAGUGUUUAAAAGACAAGCUGGAGAACGAGCAAGACAAGCUGCACGUGGAGUACAACACGCUGUGCGAGUCUCUGGAAGACCUGCUAAAUGUCAACGGUGAUCUACGCGGUGAAGGCCAGGCCAUGUGGAGUCUGCUUGGGGACAUCUUGGGCCAGAAACUGAACACACCAGCUGUUUUAAAAGCCCCCAAAGAGAGGAAGUCCAGCAAGAAAGAGGGGGGGACUCAAGGGAAGCCAUCCAGCCUGCCGGCAAUUCUCUACAGCUGCGGCAUCUGUAAAAAGAACCAAGACCAACAUCUACUGGUGCUGUGUGAUACCUGCAAACUCUACUAUCAUUUAGGUUGCCUGGAACCUCCACUGACACGCAUGCCCAAGAAGACCAAGAACAGCUACUGGCAAUGCUCAGAGUGUGACCAGGCCAGCAGCGAUGAGGCUGACAUUGCUAUGGAGACAUUACCCGAUGGUACCAAGAGGUCCAGGAGGCAGAUUAAAGGGCCCAUCAAAUUCAUCCCGCAAGAGAUGUCGCCAGAGCCCAAGAAGUCUCAAGUGAGAGGCUCAAGAACCAGAGGGCAGAAAAGAAAGAUAAUCCCUAUCAGUGAAGACGGAGACGACAAAAUUGAGGAACCAGUGCCAAGGGAGCGAAGGCAGCGGCAGUCGGCCGUGCUGAAAAAACCCAAAGCAGACGACACCAGGACCGAGUGCACAACCUGUAAAGGAUCGGGUGACAAUGAGAAUCUUGUGAGGUGUGACGAGUGUCAGCUUUGCUACCACUUGGGUUGCCUCGACCCUCCGCUGAAGAAAUCUCCCAAACAGACGGGAUACGGAUGGAUCUGCCAGGAAUGUGACAGCUCCUCUUCCAAGGAAGAGGAGGAGCAACUGGACGGCGAGGAAUCGGUUCAAGAGGAAAUAACAGAUAAGGAAAUUCCCAAAUGAAAAUAACAAAAAAAACAAAAAAAAAAAGCACAUUUUACUAGCUUCCCAAAGGUUGCAUUCACGGAACCAGGACAGUAGCUUUCACACCACAUCUGGUGUAUGCAGUAUCGAUUGCAGUAUUUCAGAUUUCUUAACAUCAACGACACACACGGCGUAGAUUGCGGCACGCGUUUUUUUUUUUUCCGUGAGAAAUAUUUUCCUAUUCUAACCACGCUAAUGUAAUGUCGUAUUCCGAGAAUGAUUGACGCGUACGUGCUAGUACGAAAAAGUGGAAUAACGUACGUAUGGAUUUACUCUCGACCCGCUCCACGAUGCUGUGAAGAAAUCAGGAAGUGACCUUUUUCACGUAGUUUCAGGGUGAAGAUGGCGAUGAUCGUGUACGGAUACAAUUGGCUGACUGACUGCUCAAAGUUUGUCGCUAUGCCCCGCCCACAUCCUAACGGCCUAGGCGAAAAUCGAAAAAAAAAAAAAAAACGAUUUUCGAUCCCAAUAUAUCAUCGCCCAUCUGUCGAGUAUCAGUGAUAUUAAUUAUUACGCAAAAAAGAAACUUUGAUCCUUUUUCCAAAAUGGCGGCAAAAUUAUUGUUAUUAUUAUUAUUAUUAUUAUUUUUCUAAAUUGAAAAAGGGCGCCACUGAGAGGCGGGGCUUGUCAUCUCGGCUAUCAGUGAUGCUCAUAUUAGGUCAUCUUAUGAUUCCAUAUAUAUCUAUAUAUAUAUACAUAUAUAUAUAUAUAUAUAUAUACUCGACUUCUUUUGAUUGUAUGUAUCUUUAAUUACAUAGUAUAUUUUUUUCUGUGAAUACGCCAGGAAGUACACCAUGUUCCACUAAAGAUUAUAUUUGCAGUACUUACCUUGUGUAGGAUUACUGCUUGCGGGACUUUAUGUUACUAGUCAGAUGAUAGGCCAACCAACCAAAUAAACACAACGGAAAACUUGGAUGGUUAAAGCUUUCUUGGACGGGCAUCCACUUUGGAUCCUGGAGGAAGGCUAUGGUGGUGCCUUCAGGGAAUGUAGGAAAUAACACAAUUCAUCCUACUACUACUUUUGAACUACUGUUAAAUGAUGAGUUGUAAAUGUGUUAGUGGGUACAGUGUGUACCCGGCAUAUACUACUCUACUCUCCUCUACUCUACUACUUCUGUACACUACUACUCUACUACUACUCUACUCUACCCUACUACUACUCUACCCUACUACUACUUUACACUACUCUACUACUACUCUACACUACUUUACUCUACUGCUACUCAACACUACUCUACUACGACUCUACUACGACUCUACUACUACUCUACACUACUCUACUUCUACUACUACUACUACUCUACUCUACUCUACCACUACUCUACACUACUACUACUUUACUCUACACCACUCUACACUACUCUACUCUACUCUACUACUACUCUACCCUACUACUACUCUACUCUACUACUUUACACUACUCUACUACUACUCUACACUACUUUACUGUACUGCUACUCAACACUACUCUACUAUGACU